AUGCCGACCCAGCACACCUUCAUGGGCCGGCCCAUUGCGCUGCAGAUGCCUCCGAGGAGGUUUCAAAUCCUCUUCAUCGUCCUAUUCUUCUUCGUGAUAAACUUCUCUUUCUACGGACCACCGUCACGCGACAGCCUGCCUACCUAUGACGAAGUAGCCGAUGCUGUAAAGCACCCGCAAGCUCACCUGCCCGACCUGGGCGAAUUGCCAGCUGUACCUAAACCUUUCGGCCCCUCAGCACACAAGCCACCUGUCCAGGCCAACAGCACUACGGCGAGUGCUUACGGUGCCAUAGAAUGGCUUAGUGACUUCAAAUGGCGCAACCCCUUCUCCUCCGCCGUAACUCUCGAUGAGAACACCGCCUUACUACCUCCCUUACGCGAACGACCCCCGAUUUAUACCUACUAUGAUGUACCGAAGAAGCAGGACAAACAUGUGUCUGCGGCAGAGCAACGGCUCAUCCUCGCAUGGCGACGGGCAUGGUGGGCACAAGGCUUUAAGCCCGUUGUUUUGUCCCGGGCUGAAGCUAUGCACCACCCACAAUACCAGCUGUUCCAGCGCAUGAAGCUGGAUGCCAAGAUUGAAUUCGAGGUUAUGCGCUGGCUGGCUUGGGGACAUAUGGGCGGCGGCGUUCUUGUCAAUUGGCUCGCACUGCCCAUGGCCGAGUACGAGAACCCCAUGCUGAGCUUUUUGCGACGAAAUGAGUACCCCAAGUUGUCACGAGUCCAAUCUUUGGACAACGCCGUGUUUUUCGGAGACCGGAUGACUGUUGACGAUGCUAUCAAAAAGGUCAUGGGCAACGAGCUGCUGAAGAAUGUUACCGCAAGCAAGGACAAGCUCUCGAAGCUGGCUAACAAGGAGGGCGGCCCAGUCGUCAAUCUCUUAUCUGCAAAGGACAUAAAUGUCGAUAACAAGGCGAACGGCAUCGCAUCCUACAAUAUGGCUACCAUUUCCAGCAAGUACAAGACGGUCGCCGAUAAGUUUACCAACACGACCCAAGCGGUGGCCCUGGACUUACUUGCCACUCUCAUAAACUCGCAUCUCCAUCUGACGUGGCAGGAGCAACACCCUGAAGGUGUAGCCAUUGUGAAGCCAGUGCCAGAGCAUACGACCGCCCUUUUACGGGAGACGACUGACAUUGCGCGCAACCUUACCCAAUGUCCCGCUUCUCCAAUGCCCAAGACGUGUCCUCCCAACCGGCCGAAGUGCAAACCAUGCGAUGCCAACAAAGGGAUGAAGCUUCAGCAAUUCCCCGAGUUCGUGAAUACAACCAAGUUCUUCACAAUCGGAACCGUUCCGCAUCCAUAUACCCUUACUUCGUUACACUACACACGCGACAUCAUAGAUACCAACUUCUUGCGCAACAGUGCGAAGCGCGAUCUGUGGAUUCAAAAACUGACUGAUAAAUCAAUUCCAAGUGAUCAUACCGAAGAGCUCCGCGUACUUAAGUUCAAGGAGCUAGUAGCGGCAGCUCCUGCGCAUACAUUGUGGCUCACAGCUGAGCGCAUCACCCAGGACGAUUUGGAUUGGAUUUUUGGAUUUGGUCUACCGCAGAAUGCCUCUACAACUGCCGAGCCCAGCUCACCGAGCAACGAGUCCGAAGUUAUCAUCUUCCCUCGACCAGAACCCCCUAAGCCCAUUGAAGGUGUAGAUGUACCAGAUGAAAAGUGGAUUGAGAAGGAGGAAGAGCGCCUGAAGAAGGCACGCGACGCUAUCAAGAGCAAGGACAGGAACAUGAAGCUAGUAGUCGAAGCUGUGGAGCAGUGGAACCUGGCAGAUACAGAAGCCUGGAGGUUUUCACGGGCGUACUCAGCCAGGAGACGACAAGAGAGGAAGAAGUGGGAAGAGGAAGAGGCUAAAUUCUCAGGUAGUGAGAAGAAGGCUGGAGUCAGACCUGGAGAGGGUGGUGGAAGAUGGACCGAUAAGAGCUAG